CCUGGAGUAAACUGGGAUACCUGUACAGGACCAAGAACCCAUGAAGAGCUACUACAAGCUAUAGACAUAGGAGGAUGGAAGCAGUGCGUGCGCCUCCCUACAAGGAACCAAAAUACUCUUGACUUAAUCCUCUGUCAUAACAUAGAGCCCAUCUCGAUAGAGGUGGGAAAUAAACUCGAUAACAGUGAUCACAACAUAUUGUACUGCACGCUCCCCCUCCGACUAACAACUAAAUACACACCUAAAAAUUCCCCGGUGCGCUAUCAAUAUAGGGAUUAUAAGAAUGCAGAUUGGGAAUUCCUACCAGAUCUGUUGAGAAGUUCUGACUGGGAAGAAUACUUCAUCAACAAUAACUUAGAAGCAUCACUUGAGAUUUUCUACAAAACAGUUGGCUCAGCAAGAGACACAAUCGCGCCCCUAAAAUCUGCCCUAAAGACACCAACUCCAUUUAUUGACCGGAAAACGCGACUAAAACUAAAGAAAUUGAAAAGGAAAUACCAUGUAUUUAAGGAAUUUAAUGCGUUAAACCAAAUACAUGAAACUCUUAAACUGCUUGAAGAGAAACACAAAAUGAAGUCACAACAUGAGGAAAAUAAAGCGCUAAUGGGUAACACCAAAACUCAGGAACUUUGUAGGAUAUUGCAAAAACGUCUAAAAAGCUGUAAAGACAAUAAUGUAAGCAUCUUGGAACAUAGGGGUGUAAUAUACAACGAUCCCCAGGUAAUAAGUGAACUCCUCAGUGAGUGGUUUUGCAAUGACACCAGAGUGCACUCGACCCCAAAUUUCCAAAUGACCUGCAAAAGUAACCACAAAUUAGGAGAAAUAGAUUUUAAUAUGCAAAAUAUAGACUCAGCGAUUAAGACAUUGAAGUCAAAUGGCAGUACUGGAACAGACGACAUACCAUCUGUCAUAUACAAAAAUGGUAGCACGGAAAUGGUAGUCUUGUUACUUAGAAUAUUUACUCUGUCACUGGAAACUGGAACUUAUCCUGAAGUGUGGAAAACCACAUACGUACUACCUAAGCACAAAGCAGGGGCCAAAACCAGUGCAUGCAACUAUAGACCUAUUAAUAUAACACCGGUAAUAUCACGAAUAAUGGAGAAAGUGGUUAAAGACCAAGUGUCAGACAACUUACUAGAACAUGAACUUAUCAACCCAUCACAACACGGAUUCCUCAAAAAGAGAUCAUGUGCGACCUGUCACAUAGACUUUUUCAAUGAAGUUACACGAAGCAGGGACAACAGAGAACUAGUAAUUGUGCUAUACUUCGAUAUAACAAAAGCCUUCGAUAGAGUCCCCCAUAAUCUGCUAGUCAGCAGGUUAUGCUCACUAGGGAUAUGUGACCCUCUCCUGAGCUGGAUAAAAUCAUUUCUGCGUGACAGGAAUCAGAUAACAAAAGUUGGCUCGAUAAUCUCAAGGCCAAAACCUGUAAGUAGUGGUGUAAUCCAGGGAAGUGUAUUAGGCCCACUCCUAUUCAUAAUAUAUAUAAACAGUAUCUGUGAAUGCUUUAGUGUUGGUAAACCAAUACUAUAUGCAGAUGACUUAAAAGUGACCUAUAAAUGCAAGAACACAGAUCUCGGAAUAACAUUAAACGCCAUACAGCAAGAAUUAGAAAAAAUGGACAGAUGGUGUGACACCUGGCAACUCCAGUUUAAUGUCGACAAAUGUGGCUGGCUCUGCAUAGGUUGCAACAAUUUAGAACUUGACCUGACAAUUCAAGGCCAUGCACUUUUACGACUGGAAUCUGUAUUGGACCUAGGACUGAAAUACUCACCUGACUUAUCAUUUUCUGAACAUAUCUCCAAACAAGUGUCAAAGUCACGCAGACUUAUCGGCUUUCUACUCAGGAACUUUUACAGAAAUGAGUCCAGAAUUCUGUUGUACAAGGUUUGUGUGCGUCCUUUAUUUGAUUACUGUUCAUUCAUGUAUAGUAGUAUACGCAUAGAGGACAAAUUGAAAGUCGAGGGAGUGCAGAGGUACUUCACGUCAAAAUUACUCGGAACCGAAAAUGGUGCGAACUACUCCACUAGAUGUGACAUCCUAGGAUUAGAAACACUAUGGCUAAGACGCCUGAGACUAAACUUAACACUUUACUAUAAGCUUCUAAACCACUUAGUUUUUACCUCUACUAAUGGCAUUCGACUUUCAGAUGACAGUGUCUACAAACUAAGACACACUAAGGGUACAGUAGCUAUUGAACAAUGUAAAACAGCUACCAGGCAAAAGUUUUAUUUGAUUAGGUAUGCACAGAUAUGGAAUAAACUACCAAUGGAAAUGCGUCAAGCAGGUACAUUGGCUUCCUUCAAAAAAGUGCUUAACGACAAACUACACGAGUUUGCAAACGACAGUAGUCUUAGUUCCUAUCUGAGAGCCUCCGAAAUUAUAGGUCCAUUUAAUGUAUAAGUUCAAAUACUACACCUGCUGUUUUUGCCUAUAUUUAUAAUUUUAGAUAAAACAUUAACGAUUAAGAUACUUACCCUCAAACAGACAAGAAGUUUCGUUUGUAAAACUUCUACCCAACACAAUAAGUGGAAUAAAAUGGACAUAAACUGACAACAUGAAAAAGGUUAUAACUCACCACAACAUCACAUGGACAGAUGUACGCUCGUCGGACAUCAUAUAUGCAUCACCAACUACAACCCAACAUUCCUGAGAUAAUGUGAUGAACUUAUAUCCAUAAUGUUGCUGAGCAGUCAAUAUCCACAACUCCUGUCGGAACAACUAAAAUUCAAAAACCUUCCUCACGAGAAGUAAAUAUCCACAAGCAGUAAAAAUCCAUUAAUUAAUGCGUCUAAAGCUUAUGUAUUUUACUCCCAACAAUGACAUUGCACAUCAAAUGAGAUAAACAUAUCACUGAUUUCAAAAUAACACAACAAUGAACUAUAAUUCAAGGAUUCUGCACACCACAAAGUAAUGCAUGAAAAUUGACUUCAAGCUUUAUUUUUUUCCCAGGCACUUAUAACCCAUCCACCAAAGACCUGGUUUUUUUGUUAAUGCGAAGACAAUACUUCUGUAUUUCCUGAUGUGUUGCACUCACUGAAAAUCUAGCGGAUUUUUCCAACUAUGCACAGAAAUGAUUGUACAUAAGUGAAAAGGAUGUUUUAUACUAUUCGGAUUAACAUUUAUCAAGUGUACGUAUUAUCUCCAGUGUACAUGUUAAACAUAUUUUGCUAUCGACUGUAAAUUGUGACUGAAUAAUAUGAUCCUAUUUCUGUAACAAUUUGAUGAUGCCUGUAAACUGGCGUCCCUCAUGUACUGUACCAUGAGAAUCAAUCCAUCUAUUUACUUAUUUCAAUGAAAUAAACAUUUCUCUGAUUUCAAAAUAACACAUCAAUGAACUAUAAAUCAAGGAUUCUGUACACAAGAAAAUUAUGUAUGAAAACUGACUUCAAGCUUUAUUUUUUUCCCAGGCACUUAUAACCCAUCCACCAAAGACCUGGUUUUUUUGUUAAUGCGAAGACAAUACUUCUGUAUUUCCUGAUGUUUUGCACUCACUGAAAAUCUAGCGGAUUUUUCCAACUAUGCACAGAAAUGAUUGUACAUAAGUGAAAAGGAUGUUUUAUACUAUUCGGAUUAACAUUUAUCAAGUGUACGUAUAAUCUCCAGUGUACAUGUUAAACAUAUUUUGCUAUCGACUGUAAAUUGUGACUGAAUAAUAUGAUCCUAUUUCUGUAACAAUUUGAUGAUGCCUGUAAACUGGCGUCCCUCAUGUACUGUAUCAUGAGAAUAAAUUUAUUUAUUU